UGCUUCAGUGUGGUCGGAGUGUUGAUUAGUGUCCGUCACCUAUAAAAACGCAAAGACCUUCACAUUCACCAUCCCAGCACAAUUGCCUUUCGUUAGGGCUCCCAAACUCUCUCCCUCCGAUGGCUCAACGGUCCGAUUCUGAGUCCGACGCGGACUCCUGUUCUUCACUCCCGAGUUCAGCCGAUAAUCCUUCUCUCAUUCAUUCGAGAAACCCGGACUCGAACCCGAAUCCGACCUCGUCGGGCUCGAUACCUACUUUACUCCACCUCUCCUUCAACCAGAACAACGCGUGCUUCGCGGCAGGGACCGACUCAGGCUUUCUCGUCUUCCAGUGCGAGCCUUUCAAGCUCCAAUUCCGCCGUGACUUCUUACCGCAGCCGCGAGGGGCCGUCGGAUUCGUCGCGAUGCUCUUCCGUAGCCAGAUGCUUGGACUUGUGGGUCCUCCUAACGCCGGCAGUGAUCCCCUACAGCCACCGAUGUUUCCGUCGAACAAACUCAUGAUCUGGAACGAUGUCGAUUCAAGGUGUAUCGGAGAGCUAUCCUUCCGCUCCGACGUUAAGUCCGUUCGUCUCCGGAACGACCGUAUCGUUGUGGUGUUGCAGCAUAGGGUUUACGUGUACAACUUCGCCGAUUUGAGGCUGGUACACCAGAUCGAGACUGCCGCGAACCCUAGAGGCCUGUGCGAGGUUUCUCAUGUAGUAGGGCCAAUGGUGCUGGUGACACUGGGCCUGCAGAAGGGGCAGUUGAGAAUCGAGGAUUACCGGUCAAAGCGUACUAAGUUUGUCAUGGCGCAUGAUUCAAGGAUAGCUUGCUUAACACUCACUCAGGACGGGAGGCUGUUGGCUACCGCCAGUAAUAAAGGGACUUUAAUUAGAGUUUUCAACGCUCUUGAUGGCUCGCUUCUGCAAGAGGUCAGGAGAGGUUCAGAAAGAGCUGAGAUAUACAGCCUUGCUUUCUCUUCAACUGCACAGUGGCUAGCUGCUUCGAGUGAGAAGGGAACCGUCCACGUCUUCUGUCUCAAGGCUGUUUCUGGAUUGUUGGGGAAUGAUGGAUCUUGUGCUGGAGCUGAACAGAGUCGUUCUGAUCAGCCUUCUAAACUAUCACUUUCCCUCUUGAAAGGUAUAUUGCCAAGGUAUUUUAGCUCAGAGUGGUCGGUGGCUCAGUUUCGAUUGAAUGAAGGUUUGCAGUACCUCGUGGCCUUUGGCCUCCAAAAGAACACUCUUAUGAUUAUCGGCAUGGACGGAAGUUUCCACCGAUGCCAGUUCGACCCCGUGGCUGGUGGAGAGAUGACUCAGCUUGAAUACUACAAUUUCCUGGAGCCUGCAGAAGAGACUUCCUAAACUUGUACAAAUGAUUCUGUUUCCAAUGGUGCUAGUAUAUAUAUAGUCAAUUGCUUUUUCUUUACAAUUUUGGCAUAGUACAUACAUGUUGUAAAUAACUAACUACAUGAGCAAAUGAAGAUUGGCUAGGUUUUAAUGGUUAGUUCCCGCCCACUUUUUUUAAAAAAAUAACCAGGUUCCCGAACAUAAGCAUGCUAGAUCCUUUACCUUAUUGUUUUCUAUGUAAAUUAUUAUUUUGUCAAAUCACGAAUAUUUUUCCCUUUCAUUUAUGAAUAAUGUAAUGGGGCUACUUGUGACUCUCUGCAGUGGAAAUAGAACUACCUCAUAGAUUAGUCUGUCU